AUUAAAUACAAAGAAGUAAACGGCGUAAGUGCCGCCCUAGCAUUAAAUUGUACUAUAUUGAAAAUUGAAAUUGAUAGAGCCGCUACGCCUGCGUCGCCCCUUUGUGUAUGCGUACGCUUCUGUCCAAGUGUGCGUUUGUGUGUGUUGGAAAGAAGGAGAAGGAAACAAAAAAGUGUACAGCCGACGCGCAGCCGCAUCUGCGCUCAAUUAAAAGUGCCGAAAACGCUUGUGAAAACUGAAAAUACGAAAAAUUACAGUGAAAUAGUUGCCAACCUCUGGAUUAACGACCAAAGUGCGAUAAUUUGAAGAAAAUGGGUUGUGCCGUGAGUACAGCACGAGAUAAAGAAGCCAUCGAACGUUCGAAGAACAUCGAUCGGGCGCUGCGAGCGGAGGGUGAACGUGCCGCAUCGGAGGUGAAACUGCUGCUUUUGGGAGCUGGAGAGUCGGGAAAGUCCACGAUAGUGAAGCAAAUGAAGAUCAUACACGAGACAGGCUACUCUCAGGAGGAAUGCGAGGAAUACCGCCGCGUUGUUUACAGCAACACUGUACAGAGCCUGAUGGUUAUCAUCCGGGCCAUGGGCAGGCUAAAGAUUGAGUUUGCCGAUCAGGGCAAGACUGACAUUGCCCGCCAGUUCUUCACACAUGCCUCGGCCGCCGAUGAGGGCAUCCUCCUGCCGGAGAUUGUUCUGCUGAUGAAGAAACUCUGGUCGGACGGCGGGGUGCAGCAGUCGUUUGCUCGCUCGCGCGAGUACCAGCUGAACGACUCGGCGGGAUAUUACCUGAACUCCCUGGAUCGCAUUGCGCAGCCCAACUACAUUCCCACCCAGCAGGAUGUCCUGCGCACGCGUGUAAAGACCACGGGCAUCAUUGAGACGCAUUUCUCCUGCAAGCAACUGCAUUUCAAACUGUUUGAUGUGGGCGGCCAGCGAUCGGAGCGCAAGAAGUGGAUUCAUUGCUUUGAGGGCGUCACGGCCAUUAUAUUUUGUGUGGCGCUAUCUGGCUACGAUCUAGUUCUGGCCGAGGAUGAGGAAAUGAAUCGCAUGAUCGAGUCCCUGAAACUGUUUGAUUCCAUCUGCAACUCAAAGUGGUUUGUGGAAACCUCUAUUAUACUGUUCCUCAACAAAAAGGAUCUGUUUGAGGAGAAGAUAAAGCGAUCUCCUUUGACGAUAUGCUUCCCAGAGUAUUCAGGUACCAACACUUUUGAGGAGGCUGCCAACUAUAUACGCAUGAAGUUUGAGAAUCUCAACAAGCGAAAAGACCAAAAGGAGAUAUACACGCAUCUGACCUGCGCCACUGACACCAACAAUGUGAAGUUUGUCUUUGAUGCCGUCACCGAUGUGAUCAUAAAGAACAAUCUGAAGCAAAUUGGCUUAUUCUAGGGAGAGGAUGAGGAUGGAUUCACCAUUUAGCUUGCGUCGUAGUAGUAUUAAAGGAAAACGCGCAAAACAUUUCCAUUACAUGUUAAGAACUAAAUAUAUACUACAUAUAUACAUAUGUAUAUGAUCUAUAUAUACGUAAAUGUAUACUCUACGCUUUACACAUGCUAUAUAUAUUUUCAUACAUAUAAUUUUAAUAACCGAUUUAGUUGCCAGAACAAGUAACAAACAGUUAAAGUUUGUUAGUUAGUUAGUUAACAGUUUUUUUUUUAUAAAUUGCACGCAUAAGCUAACUAAUUUAAACUGUAAUUUAACAAGUGUAAAGUACGGGCGAUCGAUCGCCAUAAAGUCUGCCGAUCAGUUCUGUAGAUCCCCCCACUGAAUUCAAUCGAUUUUCUUUGGGGCUUAAGCUAGGAUUUAACCUCUAGCCUCCCAACAAUAAUUGCGUUGCCCAAACGGGCACUUUUAUGGCGCUUCUUUGGGCAGUGCAAUUUGCUUCACCGCAUUGACAGGCGAUAAUUAGGGUGAGUAAAGGCCUAAAUUCGUGUGCGAUCGCUAGUAAGCCGCUAAAUGUAACUAGUAAACUUACUAAUAUGCUUAUUAAUAGCCUAAAUAAAAGACAAAUAAAUAAUGCUCUCCAUUA